CAGCGUCGUACCGUACCGUUACGGUAUGAAUUGGUUAUGAACUUAUCUUUCUAAAUUUUAAAUUUAAACCAAUUAUCAGCGAUAUUUUCGUAUAUUAAUUGUGAAUAAAAGUCGCCAAGAUGACCACUGAGCCUAAAUCUAAGUUAUCCGAGCUUCAAGCGACAAUAUCUAAAAUGUCGCUGGAGGCGUGCUGUGUCGCGGUGUUACCGGAGCUUGGGCUCCUCUGGGGCGACGUGUCGCGCGCCAUCCGCGCCUCGAGGCUGCCCAUGACGCCGGCGAGCGCCGCGAGGGUGCUAUGCAAACAUAUAGCCCGCUCACUGCCCGCUGAAGAAUAUGAUGACUUGUUGAACCGAUUGAAGCUUAAAUUGGUAGCAACCCAGAACCGAGUGUGGCACCUCGUGUCGCUGUCGGAGCCAGAGUCGGAGGAGCCCGUGUCCGUGGCCGCCAUGACUUCGCGCGUGCGGCACGCGCUGCGGAAGGCCAAGGCGCCCAAGAAUAUGAUCACUGUGGUUGAGUCAGUGAAUAUUGGUGACCUGGUGUACUUCAGCGUACAACUAGUAUCCGCGACAAGGCAGGGCAACACUCUUUACUGCGCAGUCCCGCCGGGGCGCCCUGUGGCGCUGCUCAGCUCCCUAGGGGCCAAGACCAUGCUGAAGGCAAUAGUGGAAGGUCUCGGCUACAAAACCCACACGGAUGAGAGCCUCCACGGGCGCGACAUCCCGUCCCUCCUGCGCAUCCACGCGCGGGGCUCCGGCGCCGACCACGUGCAGCUCCUCGAGGGCGCUCCGGAGUACCGCCCGCAGCCGCUGCUCACCGACAACGGCAUCGACUUCACGUACAAGGGCUACAACGAGGAGUACAUGGAGCUGGUGAUGGGCCCCGACCCGCCGCUGAUGACGGACCUCAAGAUACAGACCUCCGAGCCCUUCUUUGACCCGAAUAGAUUGAAGAAAAACAUAAACCUGACCAUAGAGCUAAAGAGCCCGGACAUCGCGUCCACGCUGAAGGAGUGGGUGAAGCUCGGCGCGCUCUCCCCCACCUCCCCCCUCGUGCAGAUCUUCCACCAGACGCAGAACAACAGCAUCGCCUACCAGCGAGACGACCACUAGCUAUACAUACACACACAUAUACACAUUAUACACAUUAUAGUCUAACCACAGACCACGUAUUCUAAAGACAUAGUCCCGCUACCCCCUCUUCCACGCAUACGGUAGUUUUACUCGAUAAAUUUUCGAAUUUCUAAUCACGAGUCUCGGAAAUCCACAUUUGUUUAAUACAAAGAUAGAUAUAACUCCGUAAUAGAUGGAUACAGUCUACGGAAAAAACGUGCCUCGAAAAUCACGAAAAUUUGACUCUCGAUCAGAUGGCGCCACUAGCUUUGGCCUACUCUCGUAUAGAGGGCGUUGACGGUUUCGUUUGUUAUUUAUAAUUUUAACGCAUAUCCGUUAAAGAACAUGGGUCAAAAUCAUAUAAAAAUAAUUAAUGCAAAUAAAAAAAUCAUUCAAUACAUUUUAACGUAUUUUUAUAAAUCUUCAUUUUUAGUUUUAAAGUAUGUCGAUAGAUGGCAGUGAAUUUACAGUGGUUACAAAAUUUACUAUGACAGUACCGCUCUAUCUUAUUAUAUCCUCUUUGGUUUAAUAUGAUAUCUCCUUAACAUUACUUGAGAGUUAUCUGAAAUCAAAGCACCUCGUAUUUUAAGCUUCUUUGUCUUUGCACAACACUUUGACUACGUUUGCGAUAUACCUAUAAAUGUUUUGUAAAAACAAUCCAGAUUUUGUUCCCCUGAAAUUUCCUUACAAAUUUAAAUAAAACAAAUCACUUAUAGGUACCUACACAGGGGUACGUAACCUUAACUUCAAGCCAUUGUCACGAGGCGUGCUUGUUAUUGUCGACGCAUACAACCGCGAGCAAUCGCUUCAUUGCAAAGAUAGAUAUAACUCCGUAAUAGAUGGAUACAGUCUAAGGAAAAAACGUGCCUCGAAAAUCAAGAAAAUUUGAUUCUCGUUCAGAGGGCGCUACUAGCUUUGGCCUACUGUCGUAUAGAUGGCGUUGACGGUUUCGUUUGUUAUUUAACAAUUUUAACGCAUAUCAGUGAAAGAACAUGGGUCAAAAUCAUAAAAAUAACUAAUGCAACUAAAAAAAAUCAUUUAUCCAUAUUUAAAUACAUUUUAUCGUAUUUUUAGAAUCUUCAUUUUUAGUUUUAAAGUGUGUCGACAGAUGGCAGUGAAUUUACUGGGGUUACAAAAUUUACUAUGACAGUACCGCUCUAGUAUAAGUUACUCUAUGCUUCAUUGUAACCAAUAUUAGUUAAUCUUCGAUUACGCAUUCUUAUUGGCCACUUAUACAGAUUCGCACACUAUUUUUUUUACCUGAAUCCAACGCUCGCCUGUGCUAGAAUAGCGGUUGGAAUGAGGCCUAUCGUUUUUUUGCUCACCAGUUGGCGCUUCUGUUGAUGGUGGUCCAAAAGACUAAAGAACAGCUGUCAGUCAUUGAAGUGACAAGUGACAUUUCGAACUAUGGAAAAGACCACCAUCUAGACUAGCGCCGGAGACUUCCGGUUCAAGCGCCAUCUUGACAGUUAGCAUCGUGAUUAAUAACUUUGUUUUUUGCUCAUUAAUAUUGUUUAAAGUGUAAUAUCGAUAGCUUAUUAUACAUUAAACUAAUGUGGCAGUGUGCAGUAAAUGGAGAAUUAAUAAUGAAGCGCGUUUAACCACCAUCUUGGAGUCAACGGCCGGUAGUCCACGUGCUUCUUGUAAAGUCUAGCUAUCGAUUUACAAGAGCUAACAAAUCACCGUACACUGUCUUGUACAACCGUACAAUUUUUGUCGUUUUUAAACCUCUUAAUACCUUGAUACUGGCGAAAUAGUCCCACUGGGCUGAAGCCAUAAUUUUAAAAGAAGAAGAAGACUAGCGCCCCUAGCGGCGAAUUCAUACGCGUUAGCCUUCAUUAAGUCAAGGAACGUGCUCAACGAUUGACGCUCGCCACUCGCCCCACAUCACUCGCACUUGGCGGACCACAUGUCUUGGAACGGACCAGUCACGGCGCGGGACUCGCUCGCCUCGUCCCCCGCACCCCUGUAUUUUUGGCAGCCCCGGUUUCAUUAAAUAAUUGCUCUAUACGAGUUCUUUAGAAAUAGGUGUUCUGUGAGUCUAACCACGUCUAACCAACCGUUUUGUCGGUUGUACUUUGUUUUGCAGAAAAUUGUUUCAUAAAAUGUAAUGUUUUCCAGAAUUUUCAUUUCAUAGAAAACAUUAAAUAAUUUCACGGUUUAGACUUACUUGUUUCAUGUCGCGCGAGUGAAAAGUGACAAGUGAGUCUAAACCGUGAAAUUAUUUAAUGUUAGUAUGUCUCACAACAGUUAAAAUUUCAUAGAAAACAUAUUUUUUCACAAAGGGUCGCAGUUCCAACCUAACCUACUUUUCUGUUAGACCUAAUGGUUCUACACAAUGACCUUUUAGCUGUACCUAAAAGGUUAACGGUUUUUGAAAAAAAAAAGUUUAUAUGAAAUGAAAUUUCUGCAAAACAUUACAUUUUAUGAAACAAUUUUCUGUCAAAGAAGCGGACACCCGUUUUGUCACCAAAAAACCGGCCAAGUGCGAGUCGGACUCGCGUUCCAAGGGUUCCGUACAUUACACAAUUUAAACAAUGUAUUUUUUAAGUGAAACGUCUUUAAAAAACCCGUAGGGGUCGGAUCCAAAACUAAGUAAUUAAGCCCGACUCACGCUUGACUGCACAUUUCUAAUAGGUUUUCCUAUAAUCUAUAGGUCAAGAUCUAUUUUGUGUAUUUUUUUCAAAAUUUUAGACCCACUAGUUUCGGAGAUAAAGGGGGGGGGGAUGGUCAUUUUUUGCCUAUUUUCUUGAAUAACUUCAAAAUUGUAUAUUUUAAAAUUAUAAAAAAAAUAUAUUUGAAAUUCUCACAAUGAGCUCUUUCAUUUUAUAUGUAACACGAUAUAGUUUAAAAACCUUUAUUUUUUUAUCUUCACAUUUACACCCCAAAAGUGGCCCCCAUGUUUAAAAUUAAUUUGUUUACGUUACAUGUUCGUCUUUGGGUCACAAACUUACAUAUGUAUAACAAAUUUCAACUUAAUUGGUCCAGUAGUUUCGGAGAAAAUAGGCUGUGACAGACGGACAGACAGACAGACAGACGCACGAGUGAUCCUAUAAGGGUUCCGUUUUUUCCUUUUGAGGUACGGGAACCCUAAAAACCGGCCAAGAGCAUGUCGGGCAAUGCUCAGUGUAGGGUUCCGUGCUAGUAAUAGACUGCCACAAACAGGGGAUAUUUUUGUAUUGUAACAAGCAAACCUGAUGUCGAUGUUUUUUACCAGGCUCGUUUUCCACAGCUCUAUAUGUAUAUGUUUAAGUGAUGUACGUAUCGUCUGUAAUGUUUUUUUUUUUAUAUUGUAAAUGCUUGUUGAAUCUUAUUGUGUAGCAUGUGAGGGCUUUGGUAUGUAAACUGUAAGCUUGUGUUUUGUAUUAAUAAGCAAUAAACAAUAAAA